AUGGAGUUCUUUCCUGCACAACCAGACCUGUCUCUUCGAAUCAGCCCACCCGACACCCAACCCACUUCAACAACUUGGAGAACAUCAAACCCAAAUGAUCAAGAUCAUGAUUUGGAUUUGGGUCAUUUCUGGAAGAGAGCUUUAAGCUCCCAAAACAACCACCAUGGCUCAACAGCAAGAUCCGACACCUCAUUCGGACUCUACUUCCCCUACCAAACAUCCCAUUUGAAUGAUUCAGACCUCACCCAGAACAUGACCAACUCAACAACAAAUCUUCAACAGUACCAUCAUCAAAAGUUAAGCUCAGAGCUAGGGUUAUUGACACCCAUAAGAGGGGUUCCCCUUUACUACCAGAAUACACAUCCUAAUUUCCAGAUAUUAGCUCAAUAUCACCAUCAAAACAACCAGACUUCAUCAGAUUCUUGCAUUACUGCUACUUCCAGUAGUUCUGCUUCUCUUAUUCAUGGCAAUAGUAUCAACAAUAUUGCACGAUCAAGAUUCUUGUCUUCAAGGUUUCCUGCUAAGCGUAGUGUGAGAGCUCCAAGGAUGCGAUGGACCACCACCCUUCAUGCUCGCUUUGUCCAUGCCGUUGAGCUCUUGGGUGGCCAUGAAAGAGCAACACCCAAGUCAGUUCUUGAGCUAAUGGAUGUGAAGGAUCUCACAUUAGCACAUGUCAAAUCUCACUUACAGAUGUAUCGAACCGUAAAGACAACCGAUCAUAAAGCAUUACUUUCUACAGGGCAACCGGAAGUUUUUGAUAACGGGUCUUCAGGGGAUAACUCUUAUGACAUAAUUCUUGGCACUGAAAAUCGAAGAACGGAGUUAUCAACCGAACAUGGAGGAGGAAGGUCUAGUGUUUAUCAAGAUAAAGAGUUUCAGUAUGGUGUUUGGAGCAAUUCCUCAAGGGAAGCUUUGUUGCAUGGCAAACAUGGAGAUUUUGAAGCAAACAUACCAUCUCUUGAGAAGGAAAUGAGUUCAAAAGGCAUGAAGAACGAGAGAUCAUCAGAAGUGAGCUCAUCGAGCCAUUCAGAGGCCAGGCUUAAGAAGCCCAACCUAGAGUUCACUUUGGGAAGAGCAUUUUGA